GGGCUCACGCACCCUGCUUGAUAGAGGAGGAAGAGACAUUGGUCUCAGGUCACAUCCUCAAGGGGCACCUCCAACAAUGGCGACGACUACGGCGGAGCCAUCGGAUGCACAAUCUUCAUUAUCGUCAGGCAUCCAUCCCACAACCGACAAGCUGAAAACCCUAGAUGAAACGACGCCAUUCGUUGAUUACGCUGUCCAGCAAGCCAAGCUCUAUGAGAAGGCAUUCAACGACGCGCUCGAUUCUGCUCUUGAGUCUUCUAAAUCCCGGCUUUCUCAGAUUCAUUCCACAUCCUCGGCGCAUUUUCAUCAGGUCUUGGGUGCUUUGCAUGAUCUCAAGGCUGAUUAUAAUGCUUAUGAGGAGCUUUUAUUUAGAAAGAUCAAAGAGGGUGUUGAUAUUGCAGCUUCUCAUCCGAUUAUUACUUGUGGGGCUACUGCUGCCUUGAGUUUUCUUGUACUUAAAAGGCCACGCCAAUUCAUGUACUACAAUGCACUGCGCCUUUUUGUUAGUGAAGAGGCCUUGAUUAACAGAGGUAAUACGCAAGUGAGAGAGUUGCGACAAUUGAUUGAAUCUCUAAAGGCUGAAAGUGAAAGGUUAGAGAAGAGAGCAUUACAUGCAGAAGAGGAAUUCUUACGUGGAAGAACAAAGCUGAGACAAGCUGGGAAACAAAUCCGAAGUGUAAUUCAAUCAGCAUAUAAAAUUGAAAGAAAGGCAGGAGGCUUAAAAGAUAUCCUUGGAGAACUUCCUAAAAGAGAAGCAUCUCAUUUCCGGUCACAGGUUUCCAAGCUUUCUUCCGAGGCAAAGAAAGAAAGGAAUACCUUGACUAAGGAGGUCUCAAAAAUUAGCAACUAUGGCAUCUCGGUUUGACGAAAUUUUACAUUGGCCUUCUCUUAUUGGAUAAGCAAUUAAGUUUCCAAAAGAGAUAACUGUCACUGGUAAUCAUAAGAAUAAUUCAAUCCCUUCAGUACUUUUAUAUUUCAAGGAAUUUCUUUUCUUGUAUUUCUUUCGGGAGGAGUAGGGAUUUGCUUUUUGCUGUCAAUGGAGAUCUGCUCACAUUUGUUAGACAAAUUCACAUGGAAGGACAUAAGGUUGAGAGAGAGAAUGGGAGACAUAAGUUCACAUUGACGUUGUAUACAAGCUUACUUUGAUACCUGAGCUCUCUCAAUCUUCAUUACCUGUUGAUUUAAAUGUGUCAAGUACUUCAAGCAUGGUUUGCUUAGGUUGGAUAUUGACUGAUAAAUGGAAAACUGAAUCACCAAAACUAGUAGGAAUCAAUUGCUGAA